AUUUCUGGUUAGCAACACUGUGGGGUAGCAUAGCCAUCAUCGUCAGCUGUAGCAAGCUACUAUGGCACAGGCAGCACAGGCAACACAGGCAAACGCCUUCGACGCGAACAACUCUCAGAUCCAGGUGGAACACGAUAAAAAGCGUCGGCAGUUUGUUAUAAGACUGAAUGGAUCUCAUGAUCGUGCAGUUCUUCUGUAUGAAUACGUUGGGAAGAAGACGGUGGACUUGCAACACACUGAAGUUCCAGAUGCUUACAGAGGGAGAGGAAUAGCCAAGCACUUGGCCAAGGCAGCCAUGGAUUUUGUGGUUGAAGAGGAUCUGAAAGCCCACUUGACCUGCUGGUACAUUCAGAAAUACGUCAAAGAGAAUCCUCAGCCUCAGUACUUUGAACAUAUUUAUCAAUGACCCUACAUGGCGCGCCGACAGAGAAGAGGAGAAAGAGACUCCCAGGGGAUAAAUACAGUGUGGCAGCAUGCUUUGGAGUUACAGGCUGAUAAUACAACAAAGGACCUUCCAGGCGUUGUUAAACAUGACAUUGAGUGACUCCAUGGACAAAUGAUCUCGCUAUAAAGACGUCCGUGAGCUGAACGUUGGGUUGAUGGCUCAGUCAUGUGCAUAACACGGGGAUACACACUCACCAAAAACAGGAAGUCAAUCAGCUGGUCGGCUUGUAAAACCAUGAGCAAAUGAACUAACCAAAGCAGAAGCGUGUUAUGUCAGGCAGACACCUUCAGGAUGUGCACCUAUCACUGACUGGAAGCCAGGGUUAGGCAUGUAAUGAGAACAGACGUGAGUCUGAUCUUAUGUUGCUUUUUUUUUUUGUCCUCCUUUGGACUCACUGGUUGUGAGUGGUGCUACCAGAUGACACACCCAGGCGUCUUUCUCCAAGAUAGUUUUGUUGGAAGCAAUGACGGCUUCACUGAUGCGCAAACGGUGAUGGCUUUUAUGUUUUGACUCCACCCUCUUAACAUUCAAUAGCUUUGUUUUUUUUGUUUUGUUUUUUUUUUCAAUUUGCUGUUCACUCCUCUCUUAAGAAAUUGUGUUUCUAGGGCUGAGAUGAUAAUUUGGUCGGUUGAAAAGGUGAUAUGCAUCUUUGAAACAUCAAGCUACUCAAAAGACAAAAGAAAAGGGUUUUUUUUAGGUAUAGGCAUGAAUGUUGUGGGAAAAGGGUCAUUUUUAAAAAUCUAAUCUGUAUUUUGAAGACAUUUAUAUUCCUGAACUCUCAGUUUGGUCUAGUGUUGCUGUAUCUGCUUCCAUUCUUUCCAAUAACAGAAACAUGCUGUUCAUAAUUGGAGUUAUAAAUCAAUGAAAGAUGCAGGGACUUAUAAACCAAAGAACACAAACUGAGGCUGUCUAACUCUGGAGGUGCAAUCCUGAACAAGCCUCAAGACAAAACUUGUCACUUCUUCUGCUGUUAAAUGUUACAGACACGCAUGUUAUAAUGGGGUCUGAAGCUUGUCACUGUGUGGUUCCACACCUCUGUGUGGAUAUGGGUAAAUCUCUCUGCUCAAACCAGCAUUUCAAAAGCAGCACUGCAACAUUCAGGGCAUUUACAUUCUAUAGUGUCCACUGUCCUUUGUUCUGUCAUUCAGGGAAAUGACACUGGAUGGCCGGAGCGCAAAGCUCAUUUGAUCUGUUUUGUGUUUUUUCUGUUACCCACAAGGCUUCUUUCGCCACCUCAUGUCAAAAUGAUAAAGGUCAUCAUGAAAGAAAACUUUCACUUACAAAAAAAGGGGUUACUGUGGUUUUCCUUUUUUUUUUUUUUUGGCUCUUCAGGAGGGUUUGCUUUCGACAAUCUUAAGUGUUGAGAAGAAAAUGAGCUCAGGUUACUCAACACACUCUGGCAGGACAUACAUCAACAUGCAAGGCAGACUCUCUGUCUGCUUUAAUCACGUACAAGUAAUUGCAGGAAACCACUUUCCCUUUGUAAAACUUUCCUUUCGGUGAUACACACCUAUUGAUAGGCUGAGGUAUUAAAGGUGUCUUUUUUUGUUUGUAUUUGUAUGUUUUUUUGGAAAUGAGCUUUUGAGCAUGUGGCUCUAUCAAAUGCGUCAAAGCGAACCAGUCCUCACUAUGUUACUUGUGCUUGAGACUUUUUUUUCCCCAUUCUUGUUGUCUAUGAAUAAAUAAACCAAGUACUCAUCAAAUUAUCAAUGUCAAAGUAUGAAUUUCUAACAGAGCAGUGGAAGAUGCACAUGCAGCCAACUUUGAAGAUGUCCACCUCAAAACACUUGUACUUGGUCAGAUUAGCACUUUACAUGUCAGCAAGGCGGUAUAAUUACUAUUUACAACUAUAAUUACUACAUGUGUAGUAAGUCAGAGAGCUAC